GCACGGUGACAUCAGACGCGCUGGAGCAUCUGCGUCAUCUGAACUAACCGCUGUUAAUAUUACAACAACAUCUAAAAUACAGCCAACUACACCAGCUGAUUUGCCCAAAUACACAUCCAGAGACGAGUCAAACAUCGGACGCGCUGUGACGCGUUGCAGUCUGUGUUCCUGUAGAAAAUCGAUCCUCUGUGUCUGAAACAGGAUCAUCAUCAUUAUGUCACUGUAUCCUUCUCUGGAAGACAUGAAGGUGGAUAAGUUCAUCCAGUCACAGAACACACCCACCGCCAGCCCGUCAAAAGCUUUACCUCUUCCUGAACCUUCCAGGACCCAGAAUGAGCUCAGCAUCACUUGCUAUGAUGAGUCAAAAACUGAAGAGAUGGGUACAUCAGGCAGGCUGUACCCUGAGCUGAAUGAGUUUAUGGGUCUUAAUCUCAGUGCAGACGCUCUACACAGUCUUUCAUCUUCUGUCCUCGACCAGACCAGUGGGGCUCUCAGUGUCCGCACAUCUGGGACGAGCUGGGCGGCAGCACCUUUAACAGGAAGUGACAUGGGCGUAAAGAGGGCGGAGAUUCAGCAUGGCGUGCGGGAGGUGGUGCUUUGUAAAGACAUGGAUGGGAAGAUUGGUCUCCGUCUUAAAGCCAUUGACAAUGGUGUGUUUGUGCAGUUGGUGCAGUCGAACACUGCAGCUGCGUUGGGUGGACUGCGUUUUGGCGAUCAGAUUUUGCAGAUCAACGGUGAAUCGUGUGCCGGCUGGAGCAGUGAGACGGCACACAAAGUGCUGAAGAAUGCCAACCCAGAACGCAUUACUCUGGUGGUGCGAGACAGGCCAAUGGAGAGAACAGUUACUCUACACAAAGACAUGAACGGACAGCUGGGAUUCCUCUUUAAAAAAGGAAAAAUCACAGCGAUAGUAAAGGACAGUUCGGCGGCACGAAACGGCCUCCUCACCGAUCAUCAGAUCUGUGAGAUCAACGGCCAGAACAUCAUCGGACUGAAGGACCCACAAAUCACAGACAUCCUUAAUUCCAGCGGGAGUGUUGUCACGGUAACGGUGAUGCCAGUGGUCAUCUUUGAACACAUGAUGAAAAGGAUGUCCACCAGUAUUGUGAAGUCAUUAAUGGAUCACUCAAUCCCUGAGGUGUGAUGUGCUUCCGAUCGGACCGUACAGCCGAGCGUGAGGUCACAGUCUAGAGGCGUUGUGUUUGGUCUGCAGCACAAGUGCGGUUGUUUGUGUUUGCAGUCGUGUGUGAUUUUGCGUGUGUGAGAGAGCGUUAACCGGUAGACAAACAGAUGAAAGGAAACAUACAGUAACAGUUUUUUGUUUAAGCUUAAAAUGAAAAUUUGGUCAUGUAGCCUACUCUUCCUCAUGUACUUGCAAAUCUGUAUGACCUUCAUGAUAAACAAACAGAAAUUUGUGUGCUGUUUGGCACUAAAAAUGACAAAAAAGCCUCAAAAAAGCUUUAUUUUCUCAGAUGCAAAACCCUCUAAGUGCAUCUGGCAGCAUCUGGCUCUUAUUUUUAGGUUUAGUAAUUUCGCUUUAAUGGCAGUGAAAGGUUAUUAGUCAGUUAUUUUAAAGUAAUUUAGUCAUUUCAUUGGUAUUUAACAAAUUUCACUGUUUUUUAAUGCAAAAUCCUCUAACCCUCUUUUUUGGCAAAAACCUCUACUUGUAAAAAAAAUGAAGAAACUGAAGCAAGGGCGCUGUAAUGCAUGUGGCUGCUACAUUCAGGCUGUAUUCAGGUCCAAGUACUCACAACAGACCCAAAUUUGGCAAUAACAAUGACAAGGUUAUUAGUCAGUAAUUUAUACGUCUUUUUUCAUUGGUAUUUAACUAAUUUUACUGUCUUUUGCUGCAAAACCCUCUUAAAUGCAUGCAAAAA